AUGUACCCGGCCUGGGGCUUGUACGGGGCGGCCGGGCACUACCCGCCGCCCCCCACCUCCAUCCCGCCCCCGCCGCUGCCCAUCCCUCCCCCCAGCGUGCCGCCUCCCGCCGUUCCGCCGAUGCCGCUUCCCAGCUACCCGCCGCCGGGCCCCGCGCCCCCCGCCGCCGCUCCGCCGCCCGCCGGUUCCUCGGGGUUCCUGAGCCUGCAGGAGCAGCACCUGGCCCAGCUGCAGCAGCUCCAGCAGAUGCACCAGAAGCAGCUGCAGUCCGUACUCUUGGGUCCCCCGCCGCCGCCGGGCCCGCCCCCGCCGGGGCUGCCGCCGCCGCCGCUGCCCGGCUCCUUCACCGACUGGCAGCAGCAGCCGCCGCCGGUGCCACCGGUGCCGCCGCCGGUGCGCAGCUACCAGAAGCAGUACGCCCACCGUGAGCCACCGCCUCGCAAGCCGCCCCCCGCGGCCCGGGACCGCGACGGGCAGGAGCCGCCGGGCGGGCACGGCGACUGGGGCGAGCCGGUGCCCGCCGAGCCGGUGCCCAUGGACAUGGAGCUGUCCUCACCGCCGCAGUCCCCGCAGGCCGGCGCCCAGCCCUACCUGCCCCCCGCCCAGCCCUACCUGCCGCCGCCCCAGACCGAGCCUUACCUGCCCCCCGCCCAGCCGCCCCCGGCCCAGUCCCCGCCGCUCCAGCCCUACCUGCCCCGGGCGCAGCCCUCCCAGCCGCCCCCCUCCUUUUCCGAGCCCCCGCCCUCCUACCUGGAGCCCCCGACGGCCACCGCCUCGCAGCCCUACCUGCCGCCUCCUGCCCAGGGCUACAUGGCACAUCCCCAGCCCUACCUGCUCUCCUCCCAGGCCUCUCCUUCCCAGCCCGCCCUGGCCCCCUCCAUCCCUCCCCCGGUCAAGCCAUCGCAGGCUCAUUUCCCUCCGCCCCAGACGUCCUUGCCCCCGCCCGCCGCUGCCCAGCCGGAGGCCGCGCAAGGUGCCGCCAAGGAGGGCGGUGGCACGGAGCAGCCGGACCCCUCCACCAUGACUCCCCAGGAGCAGCAGCAAUACUGGUACCAGCAGCACCUGCUUAGCCUGCAGCAAAGGGCAAAAGCCCAUGCUCAGGGACAGCAGCAGAUGAAAAGUCCAGUAGUGAAGGAUGAGCAGAGAUCAAAGUCUGAAGAAGAGAAAAUGAGUGCUUCAGCUCAGCAGUCUGAACCUCCUGCUCUUAAUGAAUCCCUGCCUUCCGCAUCCAAAGAAGACGAGUCUUCUCUUACAUCCACUGAAACUCAGCUCAAUAUUGAACCUCCUGAUGACCCUGAGGAGGAUUUGAGAUUGCAGCAAUUGCAAGCAGCAGCAGCUCAAUGGCAGCAGCACCCCCAUCAGCGGGUUGGGUUCCAGUAUCAGAGAAUAAUGCAGAAGCACGCUCAGCUGCAGCAGAUAGUACAGCAGUAUCAACAGAUCAUGCAGCAGCCUCCACACUUAGAGACAAUGUCAGUGGACAUGCAGCUGCGACAUUAUGAGGCACAGCAAAAACAGUUCCAGCAGCUUCAUAAAGAUUGGGAGCGAUCAAUGAACCAGCAGUGGCAACAUCAGCUUCAAACCUACCCUCACAAAGACCAGCUUCAAGAGUACGAGAAGCAGUGGAAAGCAUGGGAUGAACAGAUGAAGGUUACUCAGUCACAUCUGCAGGAAAAAGUGACCUCACUCCAAAAUCUGAAGAAUCAAUAUCCUGCAAAUGUGUCGCUGCCCCCUCCAUUUAUUCCAUAUUCUCAAACUGGUCAAGGUGGCAUUCCUAUUUUGCCACCAACUUUACCUUCAACUACACCUCCACUGGUUCCCCCACCUCUCUCUUCUGUUUCUCAGUUAUCCAAUUCCUCUGUUCCUUCAGGAUCCAGUUCUCAAAGCAGUCAAGCUACUGAAACACCGAGGCCAGCUCUCCUUCCCACCCCUGGUACCUAUGCAUCAAAAAUAGCUAGUUCAACUAGCUAUUCACCUUACCAUUCUCAAGUAGGUUCAUCCUUUGGCUCAUCUGACCAUGGAAAAUCUCAAGGUCAUCUUAGUAAACAAACUGUAAAUCUUUCAUCUGAACAACAGUGUGGGGAACUGAAAGGCACUUCUGCAGUGUCUUCAACACACAUGCCUAUUGUGCAGGAUAAACCGGUGAGGUCAGGUGGAUUGCUUCCAGAUCCUCCCAGAUCAGCACGUUUUGAAGGCCCUAGAGGCCCUAGAUUUGACGGACCUCGAGGAAGAGGAUAUGACAAAUUUGAAGGCUCAAGACAGAGAGGACCUCGUUUUGACUCCCAGCGCUCAGAAGGAUACAGGUCGCGUUUUGACCGACAGAAUACAGAUGGACAGUCUUCAAGUAGAUGGAGCUCUAUCCCACGAGGACCAGCAGGACAAUUUUAUACAACAAAUGCAUCACAUGGACACGGUUCCCGACCUAGUGGUCCACGGUGGAUGGGGCCCAGGCCUCAUUUGGGACAGCAGCAGCAGCAGACACAGGUAGACUCACAGUCAGAAAGCAAAGAACCUUUUACAGACACAGCUGGCGAUCAGCAGUCUGUAAGCAGAACUGAGUCUACUCCUGAUACACAGAGUGCAGUUCCCAUUGAGCCGAAUGAGGACCUGACAGACACUCAACAGGAGCCAUCCCAACCUGAAGUCAAAGAACCUAGUUCAGACCCUCCUAAAAAGUGGACAUGGAGUUCACAUGAUCCUAACCAGCAAGUAGAAGAGUCCAAGGCACCCACCCCACCUACUCAGAACCAGAAUACAGCACCCCCUGCAACAGGAAAUCAGGAUUUGGAUUCAUCAGAUGGUCAGUUGACUGCUUCAGAUAGCACCCAGGACCUACCCGGACUGGAAGGCAGAGGAAAAGGGCCAUUCAUGCAUGAAGAUAGAGGAAAGGGACCAGGAAGCAGAGGAAGAGGCCGUGGCAGAGGGCAGGGGGAUGGCCGCGGCUGGGGAAUGGGCCGUGGCCGGGGAAUGGGAAGGAUGGACGGUGGCCGGGGAAUGGGAAGGAUGGACGGUGGUUGGGGAAUGGGCAGGAUGGAUGAUGGCCAUGGCCGGGGAAUGGGCAGGAUAGACGAUGGCCGUGGUAGAGGAUAUGUAUACAGAGGCAGAGGGCAGGCUAGGCAGGCAUCCAUCCGUGGCAGGGGAGUGUUCAGGAGGGCAGGCAGCAGGGAGAGGAUGCCAGAUAGACGGUCAGGCAGCAGGGAGAGGAUGCCAGAUGGACAGUCAGGCAGCCGAGAGAGGGGGCUGGGUGGACGGUCAGAUAGCCAUGAGAGGGUAUUCCCUAACCGAGACAGAGAGCCACCUGGACGGACAGGCAGCUGGGAUAGGGGACGGGCAGGAAGCCGGGAGAGAGGCCCAGUCAGACGGGCCUCUAGCCGGGAAAGGGAACCCCUGCGGCGGGCAGGUAGCCGAGAGAGGGAGCCCAUGCGGCGGGCAGGAAGCCGGGAGAGGGUCCCUGUCAGGCGGGCAGGAAGCCGGGAGAGGGUCCCUGUCAGGCGGGCAGGUAGCCGGGAGAGAGACCUGGUCAGGCGGGCAGGUAGCCGGGAGAGGUGUCCCAUCAGAAGGGGAGAUAGCCAUGAGAGGGAAGCAGGAAGAUCUGAAACAGGAAAUAUGGGUAAACCCAUUCACCUAGGCGAUGACCCUGACAAAUUGCCUCCUUACCAUCGAGAUGAAACAUUCAGGGGUUCUUGGGGUCAUGAAGAUGAUACAAUGCAGGAAGAAUUUCCUUUAGAUAGUCAAGAUGACCCGUCGUUGGAGCAUGAGCAAUUGGAUGAGUGGGAAAGAGAACAAUACUGGAGAGAUCACAACUCUGAUUAUCAAGAUGAUUCUGUACAUGCAUAUGACAGAGAUGACAGGUUGCAAUCCCACCAUUCACUGCCUCCAUUGUCUCCCCUACCACCACUACCUCCUUUAUCAUCCGAUCACGACAGACGAGAUUCGUGGUGGGAUGACUGGAAAAGGCCAAGAGAAAGGGAACUAGAGAGAGAUCUAGAUAGAACUGGAAGAUCCUCAGAUAUUUAUGAUCAAGAUUUAGACAAAGAAUGGGAUAGAGACUGGGACAUGAGACCUAUGGAUGACAGAGAAAUGGGGAAUCGUGACCUGGAUAUCCCCCCACUGCCACCAUUACCACCCCUUCCACCUCUGGACAGGUAUCGUGAAGAUAGGUGGAGGGACGAUAGGAAUAGAGAUCAUUAUGACAGAGAUCUCCGAGACAGGGGCGAGCUUAGGAUUCGAGAAUAUCCGGAGAGAUAUGACACAUGGAGGGAGAAGCAAGACUACCUUCCUGAAAGGACAGACUGGGAGAGGGAACGGUUGUCAGAUAGGUGGUAUCCAGAUGAUGGAGAGAGACUGCGGUCUUUGGAUGACCACUCAGAUUCAUCCCUUCCUCCCCCUUCACAUUCCUCUGAUAUGCUGGGAGCAGAUUCAAACCUGGACUCUGACCAGUCCUUGGGAGGAGUGAUGGUCCUAAGCCAAAGACAGCAUGAGAUAAUUCUGAAGGCUGCCCAGGAGCUCAAAAUGCUUCGGGAGCAAAAAGAACAGCUACAGAAGUUGAAGGAGUUCAAACCUGACAUUUCCACCCAAGACUCUCCAAGAUCACAGAACACAAGCACAAGGCCAGGUGCCUUUCAGGAACGCUGGGAUGAGGACUCUUUCCAUGGACUGUGGGACACAAAUGAGGAUAAAGGUGCAAAUAUGGAGUACGAGUUGUGUAAGCAGGAGUCCAUGAUGCCCCCACCUGUCUCCUCGCCUGUGAAAGUACCUGCCAUCCACACCUCCAUUCCAUCAGCUGUACCAGUGUCCCUUUCUCCCGUUAUUCCAGCAGUUCCUAAAGCACCCAUCAUUCAGCAAACGGUGGAUUAUGGCCAUGGGCGAGAUAUAACCACGAGUAAAGUGGAACAGAUUCCAUAUGGGGAAAGGGUAACCCUUCGUCCAGAACCUCUACCAGACAGGCAAACAUUUCAAAAAGAGCAUCCAGGUCGCUACAACAGAGAAAGAGAUCGUGAGCCUUAUUUUGAGCGUCAAGGUAAUUCCAGCACAGAUCAUCGGGAUUUCAAGAGAGAGCGGGAAUUGCACAGAGACCGAGGUUCUGUGGACUAUGAACGAGAGAGGUUUGAAAAGGAGAGGCAUCCUCGAGAUGACAGGGUUCUUCCUACUACACCCUCAAGAACUCAAUCUUACCGUGACAAGAAAGACCAUCCAUCCUCCAGGCGAGGUGGUUUUGACAGACCACCAUAUGAACGAAAGACGGAUCGUCCAGCGUAUGAUCAUGGGCCUUCCAUGUUUGGAGAAAAUUCUUCUGUCCAAACACUGGAAUUUGAAGGUGAUCGUAGAAAUUACCCUGAGGAAAGGAUUCCUAUUUCUGCUCCAUCAAUGCCUCGUCAGCCACCACCUGCUCCACGAGUAGAAAGGAAGCCAGAAUCUAAAAAUGUAGAUGAUAUUUUAAAGCCACCAGGACGGGAUAGCAGGCCAGAGAGGAUUGUGAUCAUCAUGAGAGGGUUACCUGGCAGUGGAAAGACACAUGUAGCAAAACUCAUUAGGGAUAAGGAAGUAGAAUGUGGAGGACCUGCACCAAGAGUGCUCAGCCUGGAUGACUACUUUAUCACUGAAGUGGAGAAAGAGGAGAGAGACCCAGAUACAGGGAAAAAAGUUAAAAAGAAGGUGAUGGAGUACGAAUAUGAGGCUGAUAUGGAGGAGACCUAUCGUACCAGCAUGUUUAAAACUUUCAAAAAGACCUUGGAUGACGGCUUCUUUCCCUUCAUUAUCCUUGAUGCUAUCAAUGAUAGAGUGCGACACUUUGAACAGUUUUGGAGUGCUGCAAAAACAAAGGGGUUUGAGGUGUACUUAGCUGAAAUGAGUGCAGAUAACCAGACGUGUUCCAAGAGGAAUAUUCAUGGGCGCAAGCUAAAGGAUAUCAGCAGGAUGUCUGAUCACUGGGAGGCAGCACCACGCCACAUGAUGCGCCUGGACAUUCGUUCUCUGCUGCAGGAUGCUGCUAUCGAAGAGGUGGAGAUGGAGGAUUUUGAUGCAAAUAUUGAAGACCAGAAAGAAGAAGCAAAGAAGGACACAGCAGAGGAAGAAGAAAGUGAACUGGGUUACAUUCCGAAAAGCAAAUGGGAGAUGGACACUUCUGAGGCAAAGCUAGAAAAGAAUAUUCUGAAAUAAUCCUUUGUGGGAGUUUUUUGACAUUUGUGCAGUGUCUGCUGCAUGACACAUGUACCUUGAACUGCAAUAGUAUGGAUGGAAGCAGACCGCUCUGGAAAAGCAAUCCAACUUCAAACAUGGAAGGACAUAACUUUUUAAAAUAAAUCCUGUGUAGCAGUAACAAAAAGGGACAGAGGGGAACUGCAUAUUCAGAACAGCUUCUGAGCUCUCUGCAGACAUUUUGGCAUUACACAUUUCUUGGCAAUGUUUUCAGUUGUUUGGUGUGCAGCAGGGAGUGGGAGACAUAGCUUUCUUUCGCGUCGGUAAUGAGGUGAGCUUGCAUCGUAGCUUCCUUCCAACAGGAAUAUAUCUGUCUACAGGUGCUUGCCAACAGAGAGCUCCUCCAUUUUCACUUUUUCAUGUUCCUAAAUGCUCCUCAAUGAGUGUGUUGAUCUCCUUUUCAAUGUUAUUUUUUUUCUGGAAAAUGCUUAAUGUCACAAAUGAUCUACACUGAUUGAAUGUAGCUGGAGUAACAGAGGAAUAUUGUGUAAAUAAAUUUUGUCUUCUAGAGGGAGUGUCGCCUUUCUGUGGAGAUUGAGCAUCAAAUUUAGCAGAUUUAACUUAGAGCAAAAGAAGAACCUUAACUAAAUAAUGUAAUAGAUACAAAUAUUCUGAACAUUUUUCUUAAGUGUUGGCUAUUUUAAGAAGCAGGGGGAUUAUAAUGUUUUAUUAGAAGAAGUUCUGUAUCUGUUCCAGGGAAAUGGGGCAGAGGUAGAGUCUUUAAAAGGUUUAGAGGUGUAUGAGGGAGAAAUAACCUAAUUAGUUUAUGGACUUUAAAUUAUACUAGCAUGUCUACAGUACCAUUGCCUCACAUUAUCUCCAUUGUUACUCUUCUCUCUCCCAUAUUAAGUAAAAAAACUCAUCUCUAAACUGAGUUUUGUUAAGUACCUACCUUUGAAUAUCAUCUUCUGCUAUCCAGAAAAUAAUGCUGCCUUGUAUUUGGUCUAUUUCUGGGGCCUUUUGUGGGUGAAUUUAAUUACAACAGUGACUUCUGAAACAGUAUUUCUAACAUCACCGGUAAUGGCUUAAUGAAUGUAAUUGCCAAGCUUAGUGUUCCUUCUACACAUACUUGAAUUUUUGGCUUAUAAGCUGGUAGUUUACAUCGACAGAAGUAACAGAAUUUCCUUUGAUUUGUAGAGCCGGUUUUCCAUUUCAUGCUUUGUUGUUCAUAAUCUUACAAUGAAUGUUUCAUCUCCUUUCCAAAGACAGUUUGCCACAAAAUUUCAAGAAGGUGUUGUUUUCUUUACUGAGAAUAAGUGUCUAAAGUGGAACAAAAUUUUAGAACCUAGGAACGGAAUUGUUUCUCCUCAUGUAUCGGUUCAAUAAGAAAAAGAAGAAAAUGAGGACUGUUGGACAAAUGUACUGUUCAAAUAUUCAUGACUGACCUCUUACACCAUGAAAGAAAAAAUUCUGAGAUAUAUUUCUCCCAGUCCUGGAAGACUUUUUAAGUGGUUUGCCUUAUGGGGAGAGAAAAAGAAAGGGGAGGAUCAGGCUUUCCAAGGAGCGUUUUGUUUAGCAGAAACAGUAUCUCAAAAACUUGUCUUUGGUGCAUUAAUUAUAUAAUUGCCACUUGUUCCCUGAAACUGCAUGUAUGCCAUGUUUGACACAGUAUUGAUCCCCAAAUUCGGGAAAAAUGCUGCAGCUUUAGUAUUGUGUUCAAAUACAGAAAGAUGGAUCUGUGGUUCCUAGCUAUUGUUGGGUAUAUUGUACCUGUAAGGGCAGACUUCAUGUAGAUCUGGAAGAGCAAACUUUUCCUCCCUCAUAUAGAAAACAACACUGGGUGUUAUUGCCGCACAGUUAACAUGAAAGAUCAAUAAAACUUGAAAACUGUGUUGAGUCUUCUUUAGUUUAUUUCAACUCUCAUCAUGACACCUGUCAAGACAAGCUGGAUGUACAAAUUCUGCUGCUUGUUCUUUUGAAAACUUUUCCACUCUCGUCUUGUUUGUGUGAAUAAUAGAAAAAAUAAUCUCCCUUAAUGCU